AUGCUGCUAGCUGUCGUCUCAUUGGGUCUCCUGUUAGCCCUCCUCCUGUUCCUGCGACACGUGGGCUGGGCCUUGGUAGUUAUCUGCUGGUUUGAGAACGUGCAGCAGCCGAUCUGCAACCUGCUCAUGGGCGACACAAAGGAGCAGCGAAUCCUGCGCCAUGUUCAGCAGCACGCAAAGCCUGGAGACCCCGAGGGUGUCCUGGAGGCCAUUGACAGCUACUGCUCACAGAAGGAGUGGGCCAUGAACGUGGGUAACGUAAAAGGCCAGAUCGUGGAUGCAGUGAUUCGGGAGUACAGCCCCUCGCUGGUGCUGGAGCUUGGCGCCUACUGCGGCUACUCAGCUGUGCGUAUGGCCCGCCUGCUGCCACCGGGAGGCAGGCUUCUCACCAUGGAGAUGAACCCUGACUACGCUGCCAUCACCCAGCAAAUGGUGGACUUUGCUGGCCUAGGAGACAAAGUCACCAUCCUCAUUGGGGCAUCGCAGGACCUCAUCCCCCAGCUCAAGAAGAAGUACGAUGUGGACACGUUGGAUAUGGUCUUUCUGGACCACUGGAAAGACCGCUACCUGCCGGACACACAUCUCCUGGAGGAAUGUGGCCUGUUGCGCAAAGGGACGGUGCUCCUAGCUGACAAUGUCAUCAUCCCGGGCACCCCCGACUUCCUGGCAUAUGUGAGGGGGAGCAGCAGCUUCGAGUGCACACACUACAGCUCAGAGCUGGAGUACUUAAAUGCAGUAGACGGCCUGGAGAAAGCGAUCUACACGGGUCCAGGCAGCCCGCCUUGAGCUUCCCUUUCAGCUCCCUUCUGCAAGAUGACACACACCCACGCUGGCCCCUUCUGUGCUUCUGGUGCCUGUCCUCAAGCGCUGUGGUU